UAGAUAAUGGCCUCCGUUAAGGCAUUGUCAGCCUCUGAUGAUCUACAGUUUUACAGCUUCUUUGAGAGGGUAGUGCAGGACCUGACAGCGGAAGAAUGGGGAGACCGAGAGAUUGCGGUUGCCAUCUCACGCUUGCGAAAGGUUCUGGAGUACAACGCCCCUGAAAGAAAGUAUACUCGAGGUAUGAUUGUAUUGGCCUCCAUCCGGGAGCUGUUGCCGCUGGCCAUGCAGGAUGUGGAGACCAUGGAGAGGGCCCUGGUGGUGGGCUGGUGUGUUGAGCUGACGACACUCUGCAUACUGAUGUCUGAUGACAUUAUGGAUAAGUCUGAGAAACGUUGCGGGAAGCAUUGCUGGUACAAGAAGGAGGGCAUUGGCCUUGACGCUAUCAAUGACUCAUUCCUGCUUGAAUCAUGUGUAUAUCGGCUCCUGAGGAAGCACUGCCGUGGACAGCCUUAUUACCUGAACCUGCUGGAACUGUUUCUGGAGACCUCCUACCAGACCGAGCUGGGACAGGCACUAGAUCUAAUCACCGCUCAGCCCGGGAAGCUGGAUCUAGCCCUGUACACCGAGACCAGGUUUAAAUCCAUGGCAAAAUACAAGGCGGGUUUCAUUUGCUUCUACCUGCCGAUCGCUGCUGCCAUGUUUAUGGCUGGAAUAGACCAGGAGGAAGAUCACCGAAAUGCCAAAACAAUCCUACUGGAAAUGGGGGAGUUAUACCAGGUGCAGAAUGACUACCUGGACACUUACGGAGACCCCAGUGUCAUAGGGAAGAUUGGAACUGACAUCCAGGAUAAGAAGUGUACGUGGCUGGUGGUAGAAGCACUAAAGAGGGUGACUCCUGGGCAAAGGAAAAUCCUGGAGGAGAACUACGGCCAAGACGAUUUGGACAAGGUGCAGAAAGUAAAGCAGCUGUAUGAGGAUCUAGACCUGUCCACUGUGUACAGACAAUAUGAGAAGGAGUGUUACCAGAGACAACAGAUUCUCAUCUCCCAACAUGCAAAUGGCCUACCCAAGGAGAUGUUCCUGAGUCUGGCACACAAGAUUUCCAAGAGACAGCCAUAAGUGUUUGCUAACUGCACAUGGGGUCAUUGAUUGUUUUCCUUGCAAAGUAUGCUUCUGUGUUCCAGCUCACAGUCUGUACAGUCAUCCUGAUCUUAUGUUCCUGUGCUUUGGAUUUCAUUAUAACCAGUGCCCUGUU